AUGGUCAAGGAAACCAAGUAUUACGAUACCUUGGGUGUUGCCCCUACUGCUACUGAGCAGGAACUGAAGAAGGCUUACAAGGUCGGAGCCCUCAAGUACCACCCUGACAAGAACGCACACAACCCCGAUGCCGAAGAGAAGUUCAAGGAAAUCUCUCAUGCCUACGAAAUUCUCUCCGACUCUCAGAAGCGACAGAUCUACGACCAGUAUGGUGAGGCCGGCCUCGAGGGAGGUGCCGGCGGUGGUGGAAUGGCCGCCGAGGACCUUUUUGCUCAGUUCUUCGGUGGUGGUGGUUUCGGUGGCAUGGGCGGCAUGUUUGGCGGCGGUGGUAUGAACCGCGGCCCCCCCAAGGCCCGUACUAUCCACCACACCCACAAGGUUACCUUGGAAGAUAUCUACCGAGGUAAGAUCUCGAAGCUUGCUCUCCAACGGUCGAUUAUCUGCCCCAAGUGUGAGGGUCUCGGUGGCAAGGAGGGUGCUGUCAAGCGAUGCACUGGCUGUGACGGCCAUGGCAUGAAGACAAUGAUGCGCCAAAUGGGCCCCAUGAUCCAGCGCUUCCAGACUGUCUGCCCUGACUGUAACGGAGAGGGUGAGAUCAUCAAGGAGAAGGAUCGUUGCAAGCAGUGCAACGGAAAGAAGACCACCGUCGACCGUAAGGUCCUCCACGUUCACGUCGACAAGGGCGUUCGCAGCGGCACCAAGGUUGAGUUCCGAGGUGAGGGUGAUCAAGCGCCUGGUGUCCAGGCUGGCGACGUCGUUUUCGAGAUUGAGCAGAAGCCCCAUGCCCGCUUCACUCGCCGGGAUGAUGACCUUCUAUACAACUGCGACAUUGAGCUUGUCACAGCUCUGGCUGGUGGCACAGUCUACAUCGAGCACCUCGACGACCGAUGGCUUGCCAUCGAUAUUCUUCCUGGCGAGGCUAUUUCUCAAGACGCCGUCAAGAUGGUUCGCGGCCAAGGUAUGCCCUCUCCCAGGCAUCACGACUUCGGCAACAUGUACAUCAAGUUCAACGUGAAGUUCCCCGAGAAGAACUGGACCGAAGAUCCCGAAGUUUUCGAGACCCUCCGCAAGGUUCUCCCGCCCGCCACGCAGAACGCACCUCCUGGCGACGCUAUGUCCGAACCCGCCAGUCUCGAGGAUUUGGAUAACACAACCCAGAACAGAGUAUUUGGCAACUCUGACGGUAUGAUGGACGAAGACGACGAGGAUGGCCAUCCCGGCGGUGAGCGUGUGCAGUGCGCCUCGCAGUAA